AUGAGACCUCCCUGCACCCCCCUGCUGCUGCUGCUGCUGCUGAACGCUGUCCCAGCAGUGAGGGCCUGUCUUCAGUGUGACCGCACCAUUUCAUUAAUGCAUGACAAUUACAUCCUGUCUCUACCUGAUGCAAUUGUACAGGCAACGUUCAUGAAUAUCAUCAACGGGGGUCAUGAUGCCUUCAGAGAAACAAGUCUGAGUCACAAGGGGGUCAUUGACCUCACUACCCUCUACAGAGCUAGAACAGAGUACCAGAGUGAAUUUAAUCGCUUUACACAAACGACCACAGGAACCCUAUUCGAGGCCAUUCAAAUCAUGGAAAAGGGAAAAAACAUUUUAAAGAAGCAUUUGGAGAUCUUUAUUGUGGAUGGAUUGUGCCCAAACAAGUGUGGACUCCUGGUCCAAAGGGUCGUAGACUGUAUGUCCUGCCGCCAAAGAACAUACAACUGCCCCUCUCCCACUGGACGCCAGGACUGUGGAGAGAAUCGCAUAGAGGCAGAGGAGGGAGGUCAGGCGAUGCUGGACUGUUUCCUCCCAUGGCACCGGUUGCUGAUCGGGAAACCUGAGUACUACUUUUCCUGGGCCCCAGCGAGUGACACGAAGGAGACGAGGGAGUUCCAAACGUUGGUAGUGACCAGGGAUUCGUUUGUGGUCUUAAAUCAGCUGCAUGUGGACGAGAGUGGGACCUAUCAGUGUUUACUACAGAACCAAACUGGAACGCUGUUUUACAAAGUCACAUUCAUACUUUCAGUCACUGCGGUGCCAAUUCAAAUUCCAAAGCCUCCGGUCGCUCUCCCGGUACCGGCCCUGCACUCCGGUCACAACGACGAGAGGAGGGCGGCCCUGGUGGUGGUGGUCUCUGUCAUCACAGCACUGUCUCUGGUGGCGUGUUUAGGCCUCACUGUUGUUCUCAGGUCAGUACUGCUGCAACGCAAAGAACCAGCAACCCGCAGGUGA